AUGGCUCAGGGACUAGAUCAUGGGCCUGAGCAGGGCUGGCGGACGGUGAUUUUUGUCGUGACCUUGCUCAUGGUGAUACUAUCUGCUGGCUCUGUUGCUUUUCGACUGGCUUCACGACUCUAUGUUAUGCGGCAGGCCGUGAAGAUUCACGAUUAUUUGAUUGUUUUAGCAUGGAUGACCGCAUUUGGCUUGUCGUACUCGAUAUUAUACGGAACGACAAAAGGGCUGGGGUUAAAUAUGGAGUUCAUCCCUAUAGAACUACGGCCGCAAUUAAAGAAGGCGAUAUAUUCGUUCUCCGUUCUCUAUAACCCUACGUUGAUGUUGACCAAAACAUCAAUCCUGCUAUUUUACCUUAGGAGUAUAGGUAAAGCCCGCGCCUUUCGUUGGGCAAUAUAUACCACUCUUUUUGUCGUCAACGCUGCUGGCCUUGCUCUUCUGCUUUUAAACAUCUUUCGCUGCAAGCCCAUCCAAUCGGCCUACUCCUAUCCGGCCCUGGAGAGCGCAAUGACGUUGCCCUUCAAACACAGGACCGCCCUUGGUCUCAUGUUCAGCGCCGGCGCCUUAGUCACCACGAUUACUCUCAUACGCACUGCAAUGUUACAAUUUGCGUACAUAGCGCAGGUUCAGGUCCAGGAGGCUGUAGACUGGGACGGAAUCGACGAGAAUCAAUUUCCGUGGCACGCUUCGGAAUCGUUCAUGUGGUCAGCUAUUGAAGUGAAUGUUGGUAUUAUUUGUGCCUGUGUUCCCAUGCUUAAGCCCCUAGCAACCCAACUAUACGCCAAAUGCACCGGGGACUCCUGCAUGCCAGUAUCGCGCAGAGAUGCCAAGGAGAAAUCGCCUCUUAGAGGUGUGCAGAUUGGACGAAACUCCAUGACUCCGCCACCACUCGCCUUUGAUGGAUGCAGGCGGUCGUGUAGCCCCGAUUCAACCUACAGUGACGUGGACAUUCACACUGGCUCCAGAAAGUCAAAGUCCAAGAAAUGCCAUUCACGCCUAAGCACAGGAAGCUUCCAUGACCGAGGAUCUGCCAAACCAAAGCAAACGAAGAGCAUGUUGGAAUUAACUAACAAGGAAGCGCUCCCCUUUUUAACUGCGAUAAUCUUCUUACUGUUCCUCUGGGGUUUCGCAUACGGCCUUCUCAACACUGUCAAUUUCCAUUUCUUAAUUGAGGCAAAGACAAGUUACGCCAAAGCCAUUGGUCUACACGCUGCUUAUUUUGCGGGCUAUCUCAUCGGACCGGCGGCGGCGGGCGUGCUCCUGAAAAAGUCUACUUUCAAGCUGACGUUUAUUGUUGGACUGUGUCUAUAUGCCUGUGGCAUUUUGAUUUCCUGGACGUCUGCAGUGCUUUCAUCCUUUGCGACCUAUGUAUUUUCAAAUGCCGUCACUGGCGCUGGUAUGGCUAUGGUCCAGACUACUUCUCACCCUUUCCUGGCCCUCUGUGGACCGCAAGAAUAUGCCGAGAUGCGCCUUAACAUUGCGCUCGGCUUUCAGUCUAUCGGUAGCGUGAUAUCAUCGAUACUGGCCAAGAAGGCGUUUUCUCCAAGGGAGAUUGAUGCCCAUGAUCUCGUACAGAUGAAGUGGGCUUACUUCGCCAUGGCGCUUCUACAUAUCAUCCUAGCCAUAGCGAUGCAUUACCUCUCUCUCCCUGAGGCGAACGAUAAUCAGCUUGCAGACCUCGCGCGCCAACGCCAAAUGGCCAAUUCAGCCAAAAUCUAUGAUAUCCGUGUUGUUUGGAUUACCCUGGGCCUGGCCGUGUUUGCUCAAUUCCUCUUUGUCGGCGGUACGGAAGGUAUCAACGUACACUUUAGGAAACUCGCUAGGCGUACGAGAAUUAAAAAUGUUACACCUUUUGAAUCCCAGGCUCUUGGCUUUGCGCUUUUCGCUGUUGGACGGUUCGCAACUGUUGGUCUGCAGCUAAUCGCGAAGCCACGCACUAUUCUUUCAAUUCUCUACCUCGGCCUUAUUGGAUGCACGAUAGCAUGUGUUACCAUACACGGCAGAUUUGCCAUGAUUGGAGCUCUAGGGACCUAUUUCUUUGGAAGUGGCAUAUACGGGCUGACUUUCGCCAUAGCCCUGCGUGGCAUGGGCCACCAUACCAAAUCAGCUGCGGCAUUUUUAACAGCUGCAGUCUCCGGCGGUGCAGUGUUCACUUGCAUCCAGCGAGCCGUCUCCACCAGCCGGGGGGUUCAGUUCUCGUUCGUUGUUCCGGCCGUCCUAUUCACCGUUUGUUUGAUUUUCCCCAUCUAUCUAAACAUUUUCCCCCCAGCCAAGAGACACACAGAUCCCACUCUGAAAAAUUAUCGGGCACGCGGUACCAGCGUGGCUUUCCAUCCUAUCCAGAACAGCCGGGGAGAAGGAUUCGCUGUCCCGGAAUCAAUCUUUCCUUCCCAGGAAACCAUUGCACGAGUAGUUCAGAGGUCGCAGGAUCGUUCCUCAACUUGUAUACCGUCACCCACGCAAACACCGAAGCGUUCGAAGGGCCAUUACCGUGGGGGACUAAUGCACAGCUUAUCUUCCUGGCAUGCUGCUCUGAGAUCCCAGUCUUCAGACAAGGCAUCUUUCUACGAACCCAGUUCGCCGCCGCGUAAUUGGGAUAUGGGUUCAAAGCCCGAGAGGAGGUGGCCGUCUGGCCCUUCUUCCACUCCUCCGCUGGAGCUGGACGAGAUGGAUGCACGAGAAACCUCAGAAUAUUAUCGUGCAGAACAGCUGCGCAAAGACAUCAGGUGA